UCUCCCUCAGAAUCUGCCCACGAAGUUAGCCGAGGAAAGCCGAAUUUCAAGAGCCGCCCUUUCAAAAAUCAGCAGUACAAACAUCUUGAUCACUUUUCUUCAUUUUUCGAUGUAUACCUAAUAAAUACAUUGUGGCGGCAGACAGGAAAAAGAAGACCACGAUAGGAUUCGUUAACGGUGUCUCUUUCGGCGCAGCCAGGGAGAAACAGGCGUGGGCUUUGUAAAUACAUGGGGUGCCUUCUCAGGCGCCGCGUGCACGUAUAUUCACAUGCGCCUGCGAACACAACUGGAUGCGCUCGAAGAUGGACAGGAACACGAAGAUUCUCCCGAUCGUGAAAGAACAUGGAGUGGAUUAACGUUGUAUUGUGUGUUAAAUAUGGUAAUAAAAAACGAACGCAUGCGACAAAGGCUUGGGGCAGAUACGGACCGUAGGCUAUAUCCUUGCGUUUGUUGCUGCGCCUUUCUUUUGAUUAUUAUUCUGGGAUAGAUUACUUCUAUAAAAAUGUGGCCCAGGUGUGGGCACCCGCUCCAAAGGAAGAACACUGAUAUGUAUCCACAUAUAAUCAGCCUUUUUUAAAUAUGUGAUUUUCUAUUAUGCUUUACUGGUUUAAUUUUUGGCUACUGUUGUUUCCACCGUUGGAUAGAAAGCUGAGAUUUAUGGGAAUUCCGAAGACAUGACAUGCACACGAAAGAAGAGGAAACGCAAUUUUUUGUUCAUUAAAACGAUUUUAUUUCGAGGCACUUAAAUGAAAAUACCCGCAACGGACAUAAGUGUCAUUGCAAUAAAAUACCUUUCCCGCGGGGUUUGGUCCAUUUUAACGGAUUUUUCUGAACAGCUUGAAUGAGACUAGAGACUUGUUCAUUGUAGCUGAUUCAGUUUAUCCCAUAUGUGUUUUUUGUGUUUGAGUUUGCCUUAGAAAGGACGAUAUGGCGUGUUUAAGAUAUUUAAAUCACCAUAUACUUCUCUGUGGCUCUUCCCGUUGCCAAGAAUAAGGCUUUUCUACUCCUACAUUAACUGCAACUAACCACUAAAAAGGCCUGGAUCUGAAUUUGAAGCCUUUUGUGUCGACCAGAGCACAAGAUAACCAGGCCCUGACUCAGAGAAAGCGGGGGUUGAUCAGGGGAACAUGGGGCGAUGCAGAAGGGCCUGCACUCCUUCGUUGUGAGCGGAAGAGGACAGGCAGCCACGAGGACGGAGGAGAGAGCAGCGGGAGGAGGAGGAGGAGGAGGAGGAGGAGGAGGCGAAGGGGAGGUGGCAGAGGCGGCUCGGAGGCGGGAGGACGGCGCUACGGAGACCGCGGGAUGGCCAACGGGAGUGAGAGCGGCGCGGGCGACGACCUCGGCAGCCCGCUGGCGGGCGGGGCCUCGGGCGGGGCGGCGGGCGGGGCGGCGUCCUCGGCCGCGCCCACCUACGCCAAGCUGGUCCUGCUGGGCCUGAUCAUCUGCGUGAGCCUGGCGGGGAACCUGCUGGUCUCCCUGCUGGUGCUGCGGGACCGCGCCCUGCACAAGGCCCCGUACUACUUCCUGCUGGACCUGUGCCUGGCCGACACCAUCCGCUCGGCCGUCUGCUUCCCCUUCGUCCUGGUGUCCAUCCGCAGCGGCUCGGCCUGGACCUACAGCGUGCUCAGCUGCAAGGUGGUGGCCUUCAUGGCCGUGCUCUUCUGCUUCCACGCCGCCUUCAUGCUCUUCUGCAUCAGCGUCACACGCUACAUGGCCAUCGCCCACCACCGCUUCUACUCCAAGCGCAUGACCUUCUGGACCUGCGUGGCCGUGGUCUGCAUGGUGUGGACGCUGUCCGUCGCCAUGGCCUUCCCGCCCGUCUUCGACGUGGGCACCUACAAGUUCAUCCGGGAGGAGGACCAGUGCAUCUUCGAGCACCGCUACUUCAAGGCCAACGACACGCUGGGCUUCAUGCUGAUGCUGGCCGUGCUCAUCCUGGCCACCCACGUGGUCUACAUGAAGCUGCUGCUCUUCGAGUACAAGCACCGCAAGAUGAAGCCCGUGCAGAUGGUCCCGGCCAUCAGCCAGAACUGGACCUUCCACGGGCCCGGCGCCACGGGCCAGGCGGCGGCCAACUGGAUCGCGGGCUUCGGUCGGGGGCCCAUGCCCCCCACCCUGCUGGGGAUCCGGCAGAACCUGCACAACCAGAACCGGCGGCUGCUGGGGAUGGAGGAGUUCCGGGCGGAGAAGAGCCUGGGCCGGAUGUUCUACGUCAUCACGCUCUUCUUCCUGGUGCUCUGGUCACCCUACAUCGUGGGCUGCUACUGGCGGGUGUUCGUCAAGGCCUGCACCAUCCCGCACCGCUACCUCUCCACCACCGUGUGGAUGAGCUUCGCCCAGGCCGGGGUCAACCCCAUCAUCUGCUUCGUCCUCAACAAGGACCUGAAGAAGGGGCUGAUGACGCACCUGCCCACCCGCUGCAGGACUAAACCGCGGCUACCCAGAGAGCCUUACCGUGUCAUGUGACCAGGGAGGGGAGGGGCUUAGGUAGGUAGGUAGGUAGGUAGGUAGGGCUGU